AUGACGAAUAAUAGUAUAGAGCAAAUGAGGUCCAACAGCGUAAAACAGAUCAACGAUAAUCAACGUGGCAAAGUAAAUCAAAGGGAACAAUUAGACAAAGCUUUUAGAGACAAAAGUAAGCGCAGGUAUAAAAGUGUGGAAAAAAAUAAGUACAUUUGCUAUCAUUGUAAGAAGCCAGGGCAUAUACAGAAAAAUUGCUGGUACAAAAAUUAUGAAAAUAAAAAUGUGAAACGGGAAUAUCAAAAUAGAGCAACAAAGUGGGACCAGAAAAACCAACGUAAUAUUAAUUAUUUAGUUGAAGAAAAUACGGUAAAUUAUUUGUGCAAUUUACGAAACGAAAAAUCAGAACCUUUAGAAUGGUCAAUUGAAAUUGAACAAAACAAAUUGAAUGUGGAAAUUGAUUCUGUCCUGACGGGUCAAAACAUUGCGGUGGUUGGUCAGGUUGAAGUGCGCGUAAAAUUCGGUGGAAAAUGUUAUGAGCUUAAUAUGGUUGUUGUAGACUCAGCGCAUGCAUUUAAGAUUCUGUUGGGUAAAAAUUGGCUUGAUAGGUUGGUACCUAAUUGGCGAAAAAAUUUUAUAGAAUCAACGUUGGUCAAUUUAGUAAAAGAAAACUGUGAAGUCGAUUUUACAAAAUAUAAACAAUUAUUUAGUAAAGACAACAAUUCAACAAUUAUUGGUUAUGAGGCAGAAAUAGACCUUAAUGAUAAUGCUUAUCCAAUUUUCAGUAAAGCGCAUUCAGUUCCGUUUGGCGUACGACAAAAAGUAGAGGAGGAAAUCCAGAGAUUAUGUGCUGAAGGGGUUAUGGUGCCAACAACUAGAAGUAAAUGGGCGAGUCCCAUAGUUGUAGUAAAUAAAGGUGAUGGUAGCAUAAGAUUAUGUGUGAACUGCAGAAAAACAAUUAAUCGAUUUGUAGAAAAUGAGCAUCACGUUAUUCCGCGAAUUGACGACAUUUUGGCAAAUUUGUCUGGGUGGAAAUACUUUUGUAAAAUAGACUUGACGGGAGCAUAUUUGCAAAUCAAGGUGUCCGAAAGAUCACAAGAAUUUUUAACUGUAAAUACACAUGUUGGAUUAUAUAGGGGAGCAAACAUGAAAGAAUGUGAAGAAAAUUUAAAAGCAACUUUAGACAGACUAUUAGAGGCAAACGUAAAAAUUAAUUAUGAAAAAUGCCAAUUUUUUAAAAAGGAAUUAACGUAUUUAGGUUACGUAAUUAAUCAAAAUGGAAUAUUGCCAUCAAGAGAAAAAGUCAAAGCAGUUUUAGAUGCCCCGGCGCCUACAAAUAAAUCAGAACUAAAAUCGUAUUUGGGUAUGAAGUGGAUAUGGAAUGAAAAACAUCAAAAUAUAUUCGAAAAAUCAAAACAACUUAUUGCGAAUAUUGGCGUUUUAACACAUUAUGAUUCACAAAAACCAAUAAUUAUUUCGUGCGAUGCAAGUCCUUAUGGCUUGGGAGGCGUUCUGUCACAUAUUAUUGACGGUGAAGAACGUCCAGUUCAAUUCGUAUCUAGUACGUUGUCUCCGGUUGAAAAGAAUUACUCUCAACUUCAUCGCGAGGCUUUAGCGAUAGUUUUUGCAGUGAAGAAAUUUCACAAUUAUAUUUUUGGGUUACCGUUUACCAUUGAAAGUGACCAUCAGCCAUUGCGAGAAAUUUUUUCAAUUAAAAAAGAUCUACCAUCGGUAGCAGCGAACCGGUUACAGCGAUAUGCUGUUUUUUUAUCAAUGUAUGAUUACUCAAUUAAGUACAAGAAGGGAUCGCAAAUGGGACAUGCGGACGCGCUUUCUCGUUUACCUCUGCAAGAAGAUACAAAUGAAGAUGACGAUAUAAUUGUUGACACUUAUUCGAAAUGGCUAGAAGCUAAAAUUUUGCGCAAAACUGACGCUAUUACAGUCAUAGAAGCGUUAAGAUCUACUUUUGCUAUUUUCGGGCUUCCGAAGAAAAUUGUGACGGACAAUGGUCCACCAUUUAGUUCAAAGGCGUUUAUAGAAUUUUGCAUUAAUAAUAAUAUCGAAUGUUUAAAAUCGCCACCAUAUCAUCCGCAACCGAAUGGCACUGCGGAAAGAGGAGUACAAACUGUAAAAAGCGCAUUACGAAAGUAUUUGUUGGAUCCUAAAAUUAAAUCCAAAAACAAUGCUGCACAGAAAGACUUAAAAAAAUAUAAGCAGGGGCAAAAAUUGUAA